AUGGCACGCGACGCGACGUUUGAAGAGUUUGAUGCAAGAUGGCAUCCAAAGCAGCCUUCGUCGGCGCGUGGCAGCGCUGGCAAGCGCUUGCAGGCAAGUUAUAUCGUCGAGGAAUCAGCGGAAAAGGUGCCUGAAACGGAUGUCCGCGCAAGUUUCAUGCGGCGUGGACAUCAAGGCCUCGGGUACGAUCCGGACGCGGAUGAGUCGUUUAGCUCCAAUUCCAUAAAAUUUUUGCCGGAGGGCAGUGCUGCAGCUAGCAGAAGCAGGGGUCCACAGCGAGGAGGCCUGAAGCAGGAGCUGGACGGUGCAGGCGAAAGUGAUCAUUUGAUGAUGAUGGUAGCCAAUUUUGGGGCAAUGGAUCGUCGAUGCGAGGGGGAUCGAUUGAACGAUUACCUCACGCGGAACAAUCACGUGGUCUUGCUGCAGGAAGCAGGUGGAACUAUAUACCCCCUGUUGGCAAGGUGCCGAGCUAUGGCUUCUAGCAUCUCGCCUGGUGCGUUGACGGGCAUCCUGGCAGGCGGCUCCGGCCGCAAGGCCCUGCGGCCCCUUUACGAAGCGCAUAGCGGCCUGAUUCCCCGACCUUGGACCCCAACUGACGCCACGCAUGCUGUGCGGUUUCAUGCAUGUAGCAUAACUUGGCAUCAGUUAGAGGCUGACACCAUCCUGAAGCGCGCUGGCUUGGAAGAGGUCAGGGUUAUGUCGGUUCACUACGAGAGCUGGGCAGCAAAAAAGCCGGACAGCGUUCGAUUUGUUUUGGAUUCCAUGUGGCGGCUGUGCCGACGAGAUGAUAUUCGUCUUCUUGGUGGCGAUUUCAACCAAGCUGCGGGGCUAGUAGAGGAUUCCCUCAAGACCGUAGCAUCUUCUGUGCGGGGUUUUUCUUACCACCUGGAAAAAGGACAUUCGCCGGAGAUGCUGGCAGUGGCGCUGAAUUGGCCCCGUGAGAAGCCGUUGCUGAUGAAAAAGCGUGCUGAACACUUGGACAGACUGGGCAGAUCAUCGUUUGGGCUUCGGGAGUCUCGGCUGUUCUUGUUGUAUUCCGGUAGUUUUUACUUGAUUUGUGGAUACAAUGAAAGCGACGACGACAGCCACUAUCCGCUUGUGGUCUGCGUUGGCCCAUCUGAAGACGUUCUGAGAGGCCAUAAGCGGAGCCUGGAAGCAGAAAACCGUCGCAGAGAGAAGAAAAAGGCUGCCUCGAAGGCCAAGGUGGCCGCAAAGAAGCAGAAGAGCACUGGCACACUGCCCAACACCAUCACUUUCAAUGCAGUGCUGGGUGCUUGCGAAGGCUUCGGACACGAGCAUGAGGCCGGCAAAGAGGUGAAGCAGUUUUCCUGGCACACGGCCGCCACUAAGCGCAUCUACAGCAAGUACAACCUGGCCCUGCAGAAAACCCAUCUUUUGCCCGACGGCUACCUGGACACUUGCCGCAACACCGUGCUGGUGACGACCUCCGAAGAGCUCCAGGAUCCCGUGACGGAACCUCUUGCCAUGGCCUACGAGAGAGACGGCACCCGGUUUGUCUUUGUGGGACCCCUGCUGAUGCCUUCCGUGCCGGAAGCCUUGGAGGCCAACCCGUUGAUCCAGCAGAUGCGCGAGGCACGUCAAGCAGGAAAGCGAAUUGUGCUCGUCAGCAUGGGCACCGUGAUCACCGGUGGCGACAAAGUUGCAGGUUGGGAUGCAGACUGCAAUGGCCGAAGCAUCACCGGUCGAGAUCUUUGCCGUGCAGUUUGGUCGGGCACCUUCGAUGCCUGUGGUGAAGACUUCUUGGUCAUCACUGCCCUGGGCUUUCAAGCAGACCCGCUUGGGGACAUCAAGGUCCCGAGUGGUGCCGUGUGCAUGCCCUCCUUCAGACAGGUGGACCUGCUGAGAGCUGGUGUGGAUGUCUUCGUGACACACGGUGGGCAGAACAGCCUCUUGAUUGUCCAUGUGAAGGCAUUCCAACUCCCUGGCUUCACCGAAGCUCUGGCAUCCGGCGUGCCGGUGCUGGUUUGUCCCGGUUUCGGAGAUCAGGUGGUGAAUGCGGAGAAGGCCCUGGCCCUUGGCGUCGGCUUGAAAGUGGAUCGGCCUUCCAUCGCCACCCAGGACGAGGCAGCCCCCGCCGCGGCAGGUUACCGCGAAGAUGUCAGCAGAUCUCUCCGAGAGGUCUUGCAAAAUCCGGCCUAUCAGCGAGCCGCUGAAGCCCAGGCUUCAAAGCUCAAAGUCUGCGGUGGAGUUCCCCGCGCCGUGGACGUGAUCCUCAAGACGGCCAGGGAGGAGUUCGUGCUGUCAGUAGCUGCCAAUGCCGGAGCUUGA